ACGCGCAUGCGUCUUCCAGAAUUGUAGAUUUCUGCGCUUUCAACCAAUCAAACGCCUCGGAAGGUAACCUAAAAAAGAUCGCGCAAAAGCUUCCACCCACUGGUGACCAAGCAGUGCGCGAUUCUCGUAGGUCAGUCAAUCUAUGGUUCAGUCGUUCUGUUAGUUAGCGCCAUUUCGUAGUUUACCGAUAACGGACACGCCUUUCACCGGGCCGGUUGAUCACGUGUCGCUUGAAGUGAAAAAAGUUUCGUCGUGGUUUCGUUACGCGGUAUCUGAGACGGGGCCCCAGUGGACAUUCGGGGAGGUCGCUGUCGCAUCGCGCUCAGCGGAAGGCAAGCGGUGCGCCCCGCCGUGUGGCGACACGUGUUGACACCACCGACAGACUUUGACGCUUAAGCGACGCGCGCCCCGUGAUUUGUCAAGAGAUCGUUGCUGUUCGCCCACCCAGCCACUGCCCCCUCCUGGAUCAACUGCGAUGGCCGAGACGGAACUGCUGACGCCGAUGGUAACCGAAAAGAUUGACGAAAUGCCCGCGUCCACCGAGGACUCGGCGAAACGCCGUCUGACCAUUCCCGAGAACUUGGACCAUGCCAACGCUUGCAAACUGGCAGGCAACGAUCUGUAUAAGGAGGACAAGAUAAAGCCGGCAAUCCGCAAGUACCACGAGUGUCUGUUGUACCUCCGGGCCUGUCAGGUCCGGUCCGACAUGCCCAUCACGAGAGCAGCGAGCCCCACACUGGACCAAUCCACAAAGGAAAUGGUGGAAAAGCUCCACGCUGAAUGCUACAACAACCUCGCUGCAUGCCUGCUGCAACUACCGACUACGGAUUACAACAGGGUGGUGCAGUACUGUAACAUUGUCUUGACGAUGCAGCCCAAUAAUGCCAAGGCCAUUUUUCGCAAGGGCGUUGCUUGCUACAAAAUGGGCAACUACUCCCUCGCAUUGCAGUACCUGAAUGAUGCCAGCAGACUGCGCAAGGGAAAACCUGAUGACUCAAUCGUAAAGUACAUCAAGCUCUGCACAGAGGCACAGUCGUCUUCCAGCAAAGAGUGAUGUGCUUAAAGGGCCUGCCAAUUAAACAGCCCCAGCGCAAUGGCGUAUGUACCAAGCGUGCUCGCAAGAGUUUCUGAUCUCAUUGUUGACUUGCUGUCGUGUUGGCCUGCUUCCCAGUGUUUCAAAGCUGACGGUGCAGGGGAGGCUUCCUCUGUGUGUUCCCGAACCGUGACGUGUUUUUUGACGUGCUCACAAUGUACAGAUUUUUUUUUACUAAUGAUAUACUAAUAAAGAUUUUUCACAAACUACAAA